GGAGGCUCUGGGGGGACAUGAUCGUUCUUCUGCCAGGCGCGCACGAACGGACUCGAGUUCCGCAGCUUCCCCGGACUUGCUCGGUGGCGAAUCUGCCGUUGCGGCACACUGGGCAGGUGCGUAAGGCCCCAACGGGAACUUUGUGGAAUCUGCUGUGGGGAGAACGACGCCAGGGUCUCUUGGGCAACUGCAGCCAUGGCGGCGGCUGCCCCCAGUGCCGGCGGCUCCGCGCCCCAGGCGGCGGGCUCCGCCGAAGCGCCCCUGCAGUACAGCCUUCUUCUGCAGCACCUGGUGGGUGACAAGCGCCAGCCCAGGCCCCUGGAGCCCGGGAGCCUAGGCGGGAUCCCGAGUCCGAUCAAGAGUGAGGAGCAGAAGAUGAUCGAGAAGGCGAUGGAAAGCUGCGCCUUCAAGGCAGCGCUGGCCUGCGUGGGAGGAUUUGUCUUAGGAGGUGCAUUUGGGGUGUUCACCGCCGGCAUUGAUACCAAUGUGGGCUUUGACCCCAAGGAUCCUUACCGGACUCCGACAGCAAAAGAAGUUCUUAAGGACAUGGGGCAGAGAGGAAUGUCCUACGCCAAAAAUUUUGCCAUUGUGGGCGCCAUGUUUUCUUGCACUGAGUGUUUGGUCGAAUCUUACCGGGGGAAGUCCGAUUGGAAGAACAGUGUCAUUAGUGGCUGCAUCACUGGAGGAGCCAUUGGUUUCAGAGCUGGCUUAAAUGCUGGGGUCAUUGGUUGUGGCGGUUUUGCUGCUUUCUCUGCUGCAAUCGAUUAUUAUCUACGGUGAGAGUGACUGCCUCCGGGGACGGACACCACCACCCAGGACCAGAGCUGCCCUGUGGAGGGCCUUUCUGCACCACUCGGGGCCCUCACCUCAGACCCUCCUAACUAAGCUGCUAGCAGGUAGCCAGCUGGAACAUCCAGACCCUGAAGACAUUUGUUUCCUCUCAGACAGUCCAUGUUGUGAGGAGCCGCCCGGCCACUGGGCGCCUCCAGCCUCGGAGCAGCCACUCUCUCUGCUCCUGGACGCCAGCCUCUCUCUCUCUCCGGCAGAUUAGGAGUCAGUGUGUUGACUUGUAGAAGUGAAGCUCCACAGAGAUUCGGUGCUGACCACAGUUGGCCCCCUGGCUGGUUAGUGCUGUGGGAACGGAGGUGACUUUACAGACCCAGGAAGCUGCUCGACCUUGGAACUCCAUGCAAACAUCCCUCUCACGUAUCCAUCAGGGCAGCGCAGAGUAAACGUAUGCCUGCUGACCAAUUGUGUCACUUUGUUUAGCCUUCUGCUAUCCUUGUUUAAAAAAAUGUAUUUAUAUUACAGCUUAAA